GUCCGUCGCGCCGGCCGGCGGGAGGCGGGCUGGCGGCGGUAGCGGUCGCCCGCUGGGUUGCGUGACCGCGGGGUCUGCGUCCGCUCCCUCCGCCCUCCGCCCUCCGCCCUUCGCCUCGCCCGGGCCUCCGCAGCCCGGCAACGGCCGUCAUGGUGCCGUCGGCACACCUUGCGCGGCCCCGCUGAGCCUCCGUGCGGCGGCGAGCGCGGUCGAGGUCGCCAUGCCUACCCGAGUAUGCUGCUGCUGUUCUGCUUUGCGUCCUCGCUACAAACGCCUGGUGGACAACAUAUUCCCUGAAGAUCCAAAAGUAAUUUGAUCUACAUCUACUGAUCCUUCUCUUUGCUGACCCAUUCUGCCCCCCGCUGACCUCCCUAAGGAUGGCCUUGUGAAAGCUGAUAUGGAGAAAUUAACAUUUUAUGCCGUAUCUGCUCCAGAGAAACUGGAUCGAAUUGGUUCUUACCUGGCAGAAAGGUUGAGCAGGGAUGUUGUCAGACAUCGUUCUGGGUAUGUUUUGAUUGCUAUGGAGGCACUGGACCAACUUCUCAUGGCUUGCCAUUCUCAAAGCAUUAAGCCAUUUGUAGAAAGCUUUCUUCAUAUGGUGGCAAAGCUGCUGGAAUCGGGGGAACCAAAGCUUCAAGUUCUUGGAACAAAUUCUUUUGUCAAAUUUGCAAAUAUUGAAGAAGACACACCAUCCUAUCACAGACGUUAUGACUUUUUUGUGUCUCGAUUCAGUGCCAUGUGUCAUUCCUGUCAUAGUGACCCAGAAGUACGAACAGAGAUACGAAUUGCCGGAAUUAGGGGAAUUCAAGGUGUGGUUCGCAAAACAGUUAACGAUGAACUUCGGGCCACCAUUUGGGAACCUCAGCAUAUGGAUAAGAUUGUUCCAUCUCUCCUGUUUAACAUGCAAAAGAUAGAAGAAGUUGACAGUCGCAUAGGCCCUCCUUCUUCUCCUUCUGCAACUGACAAAGAAGAGAAUCCUGCUGUGCUGGCUGAAAACUGCUUCAGAGAACUACUGGGACGAGCAACUUUUGGGAAUAUGAAUAAUGCUGUUAGACCAGUUUUUGCGCAUUUAGAUCAUCACAAACUGUGGGAUCCCAAUGAAUUUGCAGUUCACUGCUUUAAAAUUAUAAUGUAUUCCAUUCAGGCCCAGUAUUCUCACCAUGUGAUUCAAGAGAUUCUAGGACACCUUGAUGCUUGUAAAAAAGAUGCUCCCCGGGUUCGGGCAGGUAUUAUUCAGGUUCUGUUAGAGGCUGUCGCCAUUGCUGCUAAAGGUUCCAUAGGUCCAACAGUGCUGGAAGUCUUCAAUACCCUUUUGAAGCAUCUGCGUCUCAGUGUUGAAUUUGAAGCAGAUGAUUUACAGGGGGGAUCUGUAGGCAGUGCCAACUUAAACACAAGUUCCAAAGACAAUGAUGAGAAGAUUGUGCAGAACGCUAUCAUCCAAACAAUAGGAUUUUUUGGAAGUAACCUGCCAGAUUAUCAGAGGUCAGAAAUCAUGAUGUUCAUUAUGGGGAAAGUACCUGUUUUUGGAACAUCUACCCAUACUUUGGAUAUCAGUCAACUAGGGGAUUUGGGAACCAGGAGGAUUCAGAUAAUGUUGUUGAGAUCUUUGCUUAUGGUAACCUCUGGAUACAAAGCAAAGACGAUUGUUACUGCACUGCCGGGGUCUUUCCUGGAUCCUUUGUUAUCACCAUCUCUCAUGGAAGACUAUGAACUGAGACAGCUGGUCUUAGAAGUAAUGCAUAAUCUCAUAGAUCGCCAUGAUAAUAGGGCAAAGCUUCGAGGUAUCAGAAUAAUACCAGAUGUAGCUGACCUAAAGAUAAAAAGAGAAAAAAUCUGCAGACAAGACACAAGUUUCAUGAAAAAGAAUGGGCAACAGCUAUAUCGUCACAUAUAUUUGGGUUGUAAAGAGGAAGACAACGUUCAGAAAAACUAUGAACUACUUUAUACUUCUCUUGCUCUUAUAACUAUUGAACUUGCUAAUGAAGAAGUAGUUAUUGAUCUCAUUCGAUUGGCCAUUGCUUUACAGGACAGUGCAAUUAUCAAUGAGGAUAAUUUGCCAAUGUUCCAUCGUUGUGGGAUCAUGGCACUGGUUGCAGCGUAUCUCAACUUUGUCAGUCAGAUGAUAGCUGUCCCUGCAUUUUGCCAGCAUGUUAGCAAGGUUAUUGAAAUUCGAACUAUGGAAGCUCCUUAUUUUCUACCAGAGCAUAUCUUCAGAGAUAAGUGCAUGCUUCCAAAAUCUUUAGAGAAGCAUGAGAAAGAUUUGUACUUUCUGACCAACAAGAUUGCGGAGUCACUAGGUGGAAGCGGAUAUAGUGUUGAGAGAUUGUCAGUACCAUAUGUACCGCAAGUAACAGAUGAAGAUCGACUUUCUAGAAGAAAAAGCAUUGUGGACACCGUAUCCAUUCAGGUGGAUAUUUUAUCCAACAAUGUUCCUUCUGAUGAUGUGGUUAGUAACACUGAGGAAAUCACUUUUGAAGCAUUGAAGAAAGCAAUUGAUACCAGUGGAAUGGAAGAACAGGAAAAGGAAAAGAGGCGUCUUGUGAUAGAGAGAUUUCAGAAAGCACCUUUUGAAGAAAUAGCAGCACAGUGUGAAUCCAAAGCAAAUUUGCUUCAUGAUAGACUUGCUCAAAUAUUGGAACUCACCAUACGUCCUCCUCCCAGUCCAUCAGGAACACUGACCAUCACUUCUGGGCAUGCCCAAUACCAAUCUGUCCCAGUCUAUGAGAUGAAGUUUCCAGAUCUGUGUGUGUACUGAUGGGCUUAUGAAGACUUCAACAUAUGAUUUGUAAAGCCUAAAAAUCACGGCCAAGCUGAGCUUUCAGGGUUUACUUAAUGUGUAUUAACAUACUUCAUGAAAAUAAUGAUGGCACUUAUCUUUAACCAAAUGCUUGGCAUACUGUAUUAGAAGUUUUGGAGCUAUAUAUAAUUUUGAGUACUUUCGAAGAUAGAUUUAUGCCAUGUUAAUUUGCUUUGAGGUUCCUGUUGCCUUUUAAAGUUGAACAUGCUUUGAUUUCACUGUAUUCCACUGUUAAGUAGUAUAUUUUAAACUUUUCACAAAGGUAAUUUAAAAAAAAAAAAAGUAAGCCUUCAGAGGAUUGAGACUGUGUAAAUUGUUUAUUUCUUAAACGUCUACACAGCUGCUUAGAUGUAGAAAUUUUGUUGUUUUCUGCAAAGACAGAUACAUUCAAAUAUAUUCCUAGUCCUGGGGCUGCAAAACUGUUUGGUGGCUUUUUGUCCCCAUGCUUUAGAUAAGCUGGGAUAGGCACCUUGCUAUUCAUUUACUAUAAUAAUAUGUGAUAGGCAUUCCUCAUCUUGUUCACAAUAAGAGGACAUCUGUUGUAUAGCAUUCCUUGAACAUGACCCUGAAAACGCCAUACUUUAAAUUGUCCGGUUCUUGUAAUACUGUGUUUCCUGCCAAGAGUUUGACCAUUCUGCUUGAGAACUGUAGAGCUUACUCUUGGAGUACCAAACCGUGCAAUAUUUUCACAUCAUAAGAUGUAUUAGUUUACAGGCUGUGCUUUGAAAUUGUAGUAUUUUGCUGUGGCUCCAUAAAUUAAAUGAGAUAUAUAUUUAGUACAGAAAAAAAGACAUUUAAAACAGCUACUAGUUCACCUGUGAAGAGUCUGUACUUUUUGAUUUCCAUUAAGAGCACAUUUAUUUACAUUUGUAUAUUGUGCAUUGUUUUAAAUCCUCAUAGUCAAAAAGUUCUGCAGGUGGAAUUUUAAUUUGUAAGAUUUGAACUGACUUGUAUGCAUCUGUUUAGAAUUAGUUAGUUAUAUUUGAAAAACUGCCUGUGUUUUAACAAUCAAGUGUGCUAAAGUUCGUCAAUUUAAGCUACUUUUGAUUUCAGCUACCAAGAUCACAGGUGCACUCUACACAUACACUGACAGCCCCAUAACAUUAGGUACAUCUUAGUGAAUUUAUCACAUGGUAAAAUGAACAGCUUUCUUUGUAACUCAUAAAAUUCUCUUAGGACAUUUUUAUAAAGUCACCUGUUUAUAGUUCUAUCUUUUCAGAUUCCUUUUUUUUUUUUUUUUUUUUUUACAUGAAACAGCCUACAUACCAAAAACUGUAGCCUAGAAAACAGUUUAAUUUUUAAUUUUUGUUUUUGUUUAAAAAAAUUGCAGUGAAGAAUGGGAUGUUUGUGUUUAUGGUUAUUUGGGCACCUUUAGUAGGAACAGAAAAAAGUAGAGAAAUGAUAAUAGGACAAGCAUACUUGAAAAUUUUUGAAUACUUAAACAAAAGUGGAACAUCUUGAAAAACAGUCUGGUCAUUGAGACCUAUGAAAUGACACCCAAACAUCCUGGGCUGCUUAUUUAAUGUGGAUCAACAAGACUUGUUUCAGAAUGACGGAGGAGUCGUCGUCACUGGAGAACUGAAGGGCCCUGUCACAGUUGUCACUGGAACUUUGCCUCUUGAUGAGGUAAAAUGCUUCACCAAUCAAUAAAGUCAAGUUGGUUUUUUUUCUUUUCUUUUUUUUUUUUUAAAUUUCCCCUUUUUCCUUCUAUAUUUUUAAAGAAGGAUGUUAAUUUUUGAAUAUAUAUUUUAAAAAAUCUAAGCAGGGGGACAUGCAAAAACAAUCAUCAUCCAGUUGGAUGUCAUUUUAUAGAUUAACACUGUGUGCUUUUGUAUGGAAAAAAUAUAUAUAAUUUAAUAGUAUAAAAAAUAAAAUAUAUAUUCAUUUGCACUCAUGUGAAACACAAACUUUGCUCUACAAAAUUUCAUGUUUCUUAGUGAUUUUAAAAUGCAUGUACUGCAUGUAAAGAAAAACCGUUACAAUUAAUGUUUAUCACACCUUUACCUUGGUCUUUGUUGAUUUGAGUUUUGUUGGGGUUUGUGUUACUGUUUUGAAAUCACAGUAGGCUUCUAUAUGGAUUUCUGAACUGGUCUUGUUGACAAGGAUUCCCAAGAAAUGGAUCUUUUCACUGGCUGACUCUCCCAUGUCUGCAGGAGAUUCUGCAGGAACUGGGUUUGCACACGGUGUUGUAGCCAGUUCAGGUACUGAACAUUUAGGAUUUGUUGAAGUUCAUUGUAUUGCUAUAUUUUUGUAGAUUAUAUAUAAAGUGCUUAAAUAAAUUGUUAAUCAUUCUCUUUUUGCUGUAUAGAGUUGUUUGUAUCACUCUUUCUUUCAUGACACUGAACAGUUAACAUUUAAAUGUUCUUCCCGUACUUGUGUUGACUGUGACCACUUAUAUACAGUUUUGCUGUUGUUGGAGUUUACCUGAAUACAUAUGCGUGCGCACACACAUACUUCCUUAAUACUUCUGAACUCAUUAUCUUUUAGAAUAAUACUACACUUUACCAGCAAUUAACUUCUCUCUACCCCAAAUGUCUGAAAAUGGAACUAAUUUGUCUUAUUCAAUACCCAUAUCUGUAUUAAAUGUAAUGAAGUUAGUUUUUUAAA